AUGACAGACUCGGCUCCCGCCGCGAAAACGAAGGUCUUCCUUUGCGGCACGAACAGCUUCCAACACCUCCUCCCGGACCGCCAAGGACAACACGGCGGAGAGCUGUUCGGGCCGCACGACCAUGCUUCGUCCAUUCGUGCCACGUGUACAUUCCAGACACUCUACGUCGACGGACAUGACACAACUCGCGCUGUAGGAGAAUCGAGCGACCUGCUCGAGAAUGCGAUCGGCCUGCUCGAUGGAGCGAACGAGCUGGUAUUUGUGGGUCAGGACAUGGUGUGCGCUGUGAUCGAUGCCGAGGAGGACAGGUGCGUGUCUGUGAGGUAUCAGGAGGAGAACGUGAUUCUGGUGGAGGGAUGCGGCUGGAAGAUGGCGGCGGCAGACGGACGGGGGAGGACCAUGGCGGUGGACCAUGAGGGAAGGGUGCACCUGUUUGACUCGGCGGCGAUGUUCGAGGCUGCGAGUGGGGAAGGAGUAAAUCAAGAGGAGAUGAGAACGAGAAGACGUUUCACGGCGCGAUGGCAUGGAUCACAAGCGCAGGCAGACAAGGAGCUGGCCAAGCUGCCGAACUUCGAGAAGGUCUCUGCGGGCAAUGCACACUUUGUGCUGCUCGCUCAGCCAUCCGAAGGAUCGCAACAGCAAGGGUCAAGAGUAUGGACGUUUGGCGAUGCCCGCUUUGGAGCAGUCCCACUGCAGCCCUUCGAGUACACCACCGUCGUCGGCAAGCUGCCAGACUCGGAUGCAUCGCCAGCAAGGCGCACCGAUCCCACCGACGUCCCCUACCUCAUGCCCGUCCCGCACUUCGACGCGGACCAGGGCUUCCCUUCGCGCAUCGCGGACGUCUCUGCGGGCAGCCGACACACGCUCGUCCUCACUGUCGAUGGCGACCUCUACGGAUGGGGAUGGAACGAGUCAGCUGCGCUUCUACCUUCCUCCUCCGGUAAAUCAUCGUGGGAGAACAACAUCGUGGCCGAACCGACGCUCAUACCCAUCGUCGAUCCUGCAGACCCCACUGCCGAGGUGGAGAUCGUCAAGGUCGUUGGCGGUCACGAACGGUCCUUCGCAAUCACUUCGACCGGUCGGCUGGCCAUUGCGGGAUCAAACGAGUUCAACACCCUCGCUCUCUCACAGAGGGAUUUUGGGACAGUGGAGAAGAAGCCCCGCUUCGAGCGCGAGUUUAGCCAGAUCAAGACCGAGUAUGACUGCGUGAACGGCUUCCAAUUGCAUCCGUGGCUCGGGUUGCCAGAGACGGAGAAAUCACUUCAAUCUGCCCUAUGGCAUGGCUGUCGAGCUGGCGAGAAGGUGCUCGACAUCCACACUUCCGCCUUUGGCACAUGCAUCACGCUCGAAAAGUCAUAA